AUGCCAGAUGGAAGUGAGUCAUUUACCACAACAAGAUCAGAAAAGAAACAACGAGCUGUCUCUUCAGCCAUUUCUUUGCUGACAAAUAAGAAAACAAGGGACCUCAUUAUGAUUCUCAACUCGAAAAGAUUUGUUGAAAUAUUUGUUAGUACGCUUGAAGAAAAAAAACAUCAUGAAGCGAAAUUGAAAGAGGGGUUAAAAGAUUUAGCUAUCAAACACAUGGAACUUCAAAAUUCAUUGUCCUCAGUUUGGCCUAAGCAAGAAGCAGCGGUUGCAAAAACUAGGGAGUUGAAGAAGGUUUUUAAAGACUUAAGACACAUAGUUUUUACUUUUUACAGGGAUGAAGCAUGCCAUGUUGGGUAUGUAAUAUGUAAUAUUCAUGCUCAUUUGAUUACUCGCACAGAAGCAUAA